GUCAUCAUGCCCGACCACGUUUGAUGUUUGAUUCGUUUUGCACCGGCUGCCGGCUGCCCAGUUCCGCUCAUCUCUCUCCUGUGGCUGUGGCUGGAAAUUUUCGAAGCAAAUUUUAUUGCUUUGAGAUGCUCUGGCUCCUUUCGUGACUGCCUGUCGUCAUAUAACAACUUCAUUCGCCCGAAAUGACUGAAAAAACGAGAUAACUCCCGUCUCCAGGGCUGCAACAGUGGCAAAUAAUACUCAGAGGCCCGACUGAACAAUGGAACCGUCACUGCCGAAAGUGCUGCGCCAGUUUCACCUCAGCAAUUUUAUUAAUUUGGCCGACUCACCGGCCCCUCCGACUCCGGCUCUUCGCAAGAAAACAGGACUGGCCUCACCAACGCACAAUGGGCUAUCUCCGAUGUCAAUGCUAGCCCAAGACAUGGGCAGUGCAAACUUAAACGACCUCGCUACUCUGAAGCGAAGACUGUCCCUCAGCAGUCAAAGCGGAACCCCGAGCCCUUCUCAAAUCAAAGAUAGAAGACUGAGAGAACUUCAAAUGAAUUUCAGUCCUGACAACACGCCUAAUGAUUCGCCAAGCAUCUUCAAAAAUGCAGCCAAGAUCAACAGUCCCGGAUCUCCCUCCAGAUCUCCUCACUGCAGUCAGAGGGUAGCGUCUGUAAUAUCAGACAAGGAAAACAGCUCCUUCAUGCCAUUCCAAAAGGGCUCGCCUCGACCGCGCCUCCCUCUCGAGGACAACUCGGACUCGAGGGACAGCGUUCUGGAUGACCCGGCAACCUUCAAGUUUGCACAGCCAAGCGGUUUGGCGCCUCGCAAGAACACCCCGAGGAAGGAGCUCCAGGGCGCGACCCCUAUGAGCCCUGGCUCGCCCAAAUCAUCGGGCACCGGCUUCUUCAGGUGUCUCUCCUCAGGCAGUGAUUCCAUCGAUGACGGAUUCCUUGAAUUCCUCAACAAUGAUAAAGAUGACGAUACAAUGUCACCAAGCGUUCCCUCAGGCAUGGGGAGUCUCCUGUCUGGCCCGAUUUUCCGAGGCAGUCCUCUCUUGAAGCAGUCCAGUUCCUCUAACGGCAAGUCCAGCGCCAAAAGGUCUCUUCACCGCAGUCUUUCUAUCAGUGACUUUGACACCCCCACUACCUCCAAGGCUCGUCUGUCCCUAUUCAAAUGUCCGAGCUUCAACGCGAUCCAGGACGCCCUGCCUUCGAGCAUGGAAACGUGCACCAGCAACGCUUUCAAGAGGCCCGUGCCUCCGAUCUCUGAGCACCCUGAGGAGUCGCCUAGCCAACCCCCUACGAAAAGGAGGCGCAACUUCUCACCCAUCAAGCCCCUACGCAGCCUGAGUGAUAACACUGGUGCGAGCCCACAGCUCUCGGCAAAAGGAGCUCUCACCCAAAGCUCCCUACUCAAUUAUGGAUUCCAAAAAACAAAGUCCCCCGGCCUGGGAAAAUUCCAGCGGAGUUUUUCCGAUACGGACGCCAUCAUAAAGAAUUCCGUCGAAAGAUCGUCGGUCGAGCCUCUGCUUAUAGGCGACUUCUCCAAGCCCUUUGUGCUGCCCCUAAUGAACGGAAAGCAUCAAGAUCUCAAAACCAUAUCCCCGGACACGAUGGCGCACUUGCUGACUGGCGGCUUCAGCGAGCACAUUGACAGUUUCUCGAUAAUCGACUGCAGAUACCCUUACGAGUUCAACGGAGGCCACAUUAAAGGAGCCAAGAACUUGUUUUCCAAAGAUCUCAUCGACGAUGUCUUUAUCAGAGGCUCUCAAGGUCAGACCCCCUGCCUGAACUCCAACAAGAGGCACAUUCUCAUAUUCCAUUGUGAAUUCUCCUCCGAGAGAGCACCAUGCCUAUCUCGUUACCUCAGAAGCUCCGACAGGGCUGCUAACAAGGAGUGCUACCCUCAGUUGUACUACCCUGAAGUGUACCUCUUGCAUGGCGGCUACAAGGCCUUCUACGAGGUUCACUCCCAUCUUUGUGAACCCCGCAGCUAUGUGCCGAUGCUUAGUCAGGGCAACGAGGCAGACUUGAAGCACUUCAGGGCAAAGUCCCGCUCUUGGGCUGGCGACGUCAAGAACAACACCAGCAGACUGCUCCCUAGCAAAUUCACCCUCAAACGUCUUGACGUUUGAUUCCACCAGUACAAAAAAAAAAUAUUGUUUUGAUCUUUUGUUGCCAGAACUUUUGAUAUAUCAUAUCACACCGAAGCCAAAAAUAUUGUUUUGAGCGGAGCUUUUGAUGCUUUAGGUUGAUAAGUUUUUGUCGGGAUCCUCGAACAAACUACUGUGUUAACUGAUUAUUUAAUUUUUGUAUGUGGCAGAAUUCAAAUGUCUGUGCUGCUGACUUUGUUUCUGUACUGUGCUGGAAAUAGUGUUUGACCUAAUCAAAGAGCAUAAAAAAGUAAUAGAUAUAACGAUGAGUUAUUUGUUGUGUAAAUAGAGAUGAUCCAAUUUAACCAUUUUGUGGUGUUUGUUUUGACUAGCAGUUCUUUUUACCCACUUGAUAUCGCGAGUGCUCAACCAUGUGUUCAUUCAAUCAUUACUUGAUUUUGUCUUUCUUGGCAACACAACUGUACUUUUCCUUUUUUAUAAGCAAGCGGAUACUAUUCUGUCUCGGAAUAAAGUGCCAUUAUUUUAUGUUUGAUUGUGCGUGUGUGUAUUUUAGUUGGUAAGUGCGGAGGCUUUUUACUUGUUCGUCAUUUACGAACGAGGAUGUGUUCACUGUCACACAAUAAGUUCUUAACAAUGUGAAUCUGUCAAAAGACUUUGUUUUCAAAAAGAAUGUCUGCAUAUCGUAGAGAUUCCCUAAUUUUGUUUUAUAGAGACGGACAUAAUGAUGGAUGCAUUUUAUGCUGGGGUUAUGGCAAUAAAAUUAAUUAUAUCUAUGUCUAUGGUUGCUGAUACUACAAAUGGCGUGUACUGUGUACAUAACCACCUCAUAUGAUUUUAAAUAAACUGGUGUUCAUCAUAGUAAACUAAAA